AUGCAGUUCAAGGCUCUCAUUGUCUCCCUCCUCGCCGUCGCGGCGCACGCAGCGCCCGCCUCGCCCAACGAGGAGCGCUCCGCCAUUGAGAAGCGCGCGACGACCUGUGGUAGCACCUACUACUCGACGGCGCAGGUCAACGCCGCCGCCAACGCCGCGUGCAAGCACGUCCGCGCUGGCACGCAGGCGGGCUCCUCCAACUACCCCCACCGCUACAACAACUACGAGGGCUUCAACUUCAAGGCGUCCGGCCCCUGGCAGGAGUUCCCCCUGAAGUCCAGUGGUGUCUACACCGGCGGUGAGCCAACAUGUCCACCCGUUGUCUGUGAAUCGCCAUCUAACAUCACCCACACCGGCGCUAGCGGCAACAACUUUGUCGGAUGCAGCGGCACCACCCUGGGUUAA